AUGGGCCAGGCAUACUCGGCCGCGGUACCAACCGCCUUCCAGCGUUCCUCGAGGCCGCCGCCCUCGAUGUCUCGAGGAGCAAUGGGAGCGCGCGCGGUCGGCCGCGCAAACAUCUACCAACCCGCAGCCAAAGCUGCUCCGCUCUCACCUAUCUGCACUGGCCAAAGUGCCAGUACCCUUCUCUCUCCGCGCUCCCCUGUUCUCGACAAGCACGUCGAUACCACCAACUCCUCUCGGCCAGCCGAAAUGGUUCGCGUCCUUCCUCCCACUCCCUCCCCCGACACGAACCGACCUCCGACAGCGUUAAGUUUCGUGGCAGCCAUCAAGAAGGCCUGGAAGGCCAUCAAUCCGCCUUCCUCUCCAGCAGCCUCGCAGUCUUCAGGCGCCAACUCUGACGCCGAGCGUCGGAAAGUUUUGGUCGAAAAGUGGGAAGAAACGCUUAAGGGGUACUAUGGAAACUCGCCUGACCCGAUUUCCAACUGGCUCAGAGUUCUCGGCAAGGACGGUUUCUGGAAAAUUCCCGAUAGUCUGUUCGAAGCCAUCAUCGGACGGAGACGCAAGGCCAUGCCGCUGGACAAGUGGUCCAGGUAUGAGAAAAUUAUAGGACCCCCUACUAAAAAGGAAUAUCGCCAAGCACUCAUCAACGAACUUGGGCGCCUUUGGCGAUCGAAGUUUUACCCAGCCGAUACCAUUUUCCAGCGCAGAGAGUGGAUCGACAAGCGUAGGAAGCACAAAAACAAGCAGAAGCGCAAGAAGGGAGGCCCGCGCAAGUUUCAUCGAAAGCCCACGCCGCUCCGCAAGGCGAUUGAUUCCGACGGGCUUGAGAUUUCGGUGCCGGCGAUUAUUGAAGAGUAUAUUUCUAAAGAAGACUCCUUCUCUAAUGACGAAGAUAUCGACAUCAACGAGGCCGAGCUAGAGGCCAUGCUGCUCGCCGACAUGGCUGCCAAUGAUUGUGUUGCCAGCGAGCCAGAGAUCAAUGUCGCAUUCGACCAGCACUUUGCGAAGACUAAUCCUGCUCGGUGGGCUCUGAUCCAACUUCAACGACACGAGGCCCCUUCACACGUGCCUCGCGCGACUUGCCCUUUUUGUCCUACUGAGGCAGAUAUGAAGAAGGAGCUGGCUGUCGUCCCGUAUGAGCCUUUUACCCAAGUCGAUGCGUCUUGUGCUGGCGACAAGGUGGAAGAAGUCGCCGCUGUCGAGUCGCCACCAGUGGCAAUCGAGGAAGAACCCGUUGCACUUGCCGACGUGCCCUAUAUCAGCGAUAAGGUGGAAGAUGUCGCCGCCGCCCAGUCUCCACUGCUAGCAAUCAAGGAACAACCUAUUACACUUAUCGAUGCUUCAUGCGUCCAGGAACAUUGCGUUAGCGAGCCUAAUGUCAGCGAGGAAGCCGACCAGACUAUUGCAAUCAAGGAAGAAUUUGUCACGCUUGUCGACGCGCCAUUCGCCCAGGAGCACACCAUGAGCGAGGCAGACGUUUCCAAGGAAGCCGACCAGGCUGUUGCAAUCAAGGAAGAAUCUGUCGCGCUUCUCGACGUGCCAUACUUCCAGGAGCAUUGUGUUGGCGAUUUAGAUGUCAGCAAGCAAGCCGACCAGACUGUUACAGCAGCAGUUAAUAUCGACAUCGAGGAGCAACCGGCAAUCCAGCAAGAACGCACCUGCACUAUCAAAAUGGAAGAUGCCGCUUCCGAAUCUCAGCAACCUAUCAUCGAGGAAGAGCCCGUCGCUCAGGCCAACGACCACUCCGUCAAGGAUGCAGAGGACAAAGAGGAGAGCAUCAAGUCCCACCAGAUUGUAUCAGCGGCAAUUAAUAUCAAUAUGGAAGAGCAACUGGCAGUCCUGCAAGAAGAGCCUUGCACUAUGAAAAUUGAAGAAGAUCCCACUUCUGAGUCUCAGCAAUCGGAAAUCGAGAACGAGCCGACCACGCGGGCCGAGGAGCAAUCUACUGAGGGAGAGACCAGCAUCAAGGUCGACCAGAAUGUGGCGGCAACAGUCGCGAUUAGCAAGGAAGAGUCUCCUACGGUUGACGAUGCGUCCUCCCCCAGCGAGGCAGAGGACUGCAUCAAAGUCGGUCAGACGUCAACCGCAGCAGUUCUUAUCAAUACAAAGGAGCACGAAGCAGGGCUCCUAGAGUUUCCCCUGGCAGUUGAUGUGGCCUCCACCAGCGGAACAGAGGACAGCACCAAAGCCGACCACACUUCGGUGGCAGCAGUUGACACUACCAACAUGGAACAUUCAGCAGCAGCCCUAGAGUCCCCUCCGGUUGUCAAUGUGCCCAGCGUCAGCGAGGCAGGCCACAGUUCAAUCACCGCUCAGAAUCCAGAUGGCGUUGGCGAGAGUUAG